UGGCGUCAUCGUGACGCAGCGGCAUAUAACUUCUCCAUUUUCUCCUAGGGACACAUUCGGCUUCAUAGGCAGCACCAUUUUAAGAAAUCGCUUCGUCAGAGCUUCUCCUUCACUUCUUCUUGUCGUUGUAGAUUGUCAACCAGACGUUGUUUUUGUUGUUGUUCUUUUUCGGCACUUUUACAGUUUUGUGGGAAACAUCGAGCUAAAGGGACAAAAAAGCAACACCCUCUCACUCGGCCUGCUUGUGUUGGAUCAAGCUAGCUCUUGAAGCUAAACUAGCUUGGUCGCUUUUCUUGACCAAUGCAACAUUCAUUGAGCCUGCAACAGAAUUCAAUCAAAAUGAGUGCUGCAUCUUCUCAAAAAGUGGUCCUGAAGAGCACCACCAAAGUGUCCCUGAACGAGCGCUUCACUAACAUGCUGAAGAACAAGCAGCCCACCGCGGUUAGCAUUCGAGCCACCAUGCAACAGCAGCAUAUGGCCAGUGCACGCAACCGCCGGCUGGCCCAGCAGAUGGAGAAUCGACCGUCGGUGCAAGCUGCUCUGAGUCACAAACAGAGCCUGAAGCAACGACUGGGAAAGAGCAACAUCCAAGCCAGGUUGGGUCGUCCGAUCGGCAUGGGGAUGCGCGGCGGGGCCUUCGGUGGCCGAGGAGGCAUGCGCGGGAUGAGCAGAGGACUUCGAGGAAGAGGCAGAGGAGCAAUGAUGAGAGGUGCUCUUUCCCUGAGAGGAAAGCGAAUGGCUCCGGGUUUCCCUAUGCGCGGCCGUGGCUUUGCCGGUCGUAUGGCCAUGCGUAGAGGCGGCCGCCAACGUGGGGGGAUUCCCGGACGAGGGGGAGCUAUGGGGAGAGGAGGACCCCGUGGAGGAGCCAGAGGGCGCGGCGGUCUCCGCGGUCGUGGCGGAUUUGCCGGCAGACGCGGCCGCGGCAGAGGCGUCGGCCGACCUGCAGUGACCCGCGAGCAACUGGACAACCAGCUAGAUGCCUACAUGUCAAAGACCAAAGGCCAUCUAGAUGCCGAAUUGGAUGCCUACAUGGCCCAGGCGGACCCGGAGAGCAUGGAGUGACACUGCACUAAGUUACCGCAAGAACUGUACAGCUCCUUUUAACACAUACUGUGUAGUGAUGUUGACUUGGUGUCAGAAAUUGGAGGGAGCGCAUAAACAAUCCGGGACUCUUUGGACAAGCAGAAAAUCACUUAACACUGAAUGUGCUUUCUUUCCACGUCUUUCUACAGCUUUUUCGUUAUACCCGAACAGUAUGAAUGGACUUUUAUAAAUCUUGGAAAGAAAAAAAAGUUUUAAUGUUUUAUUUUGUCCUUUUAAAAUACGUUGAAGGUCUUAUCACACUUGUAAUUUGUCACUUCCUUGACUGUUUCUGGCAUAUGGUUAACACACCUAGAAUUUGUUCCUCAUACAUUUUUGUUUGAAAUGUUUCAUAAGUUAUGUAAAAAAAGUCAAAACGAA